ACACAUGUACAAAUAGUGAGAGCAUAGAUACAUUUCUUUUACGUGACGCUGCAACAUGACAUUGUCGUCUACAAAGUACACACUGGAGAACUGUGGGAUCAAGUUACCAAAAUAAAAUCGCAAAUCUCAUGUUUUAAACUUUUCAUCAUGAGUGUGGACUGGAUUGGCUUUGGUUAUGCUGCCACUGUGGCUCUUGGAGGUGUCAUAGGAUAUAUCCGCAAAGGCAGUAAAAUCUCCUUGAUCGCUGGACUUUUCUUUGGCUUGAUGGCGGGUUAUGGUGCCUACUGGGUAACACAUAAUCCCAGAGAUGUAAAGGUAUCAUUAUUCACAGCUUUCAUUCUGACCAUUGUAAUGGGGGUGAGGUUUAAGAGGACCAAGAAACUAUUUCCAGCUGGCAUCGUAGCAGGUCUAAGCCUUCUGAUGGUUUUGAGACUCGUGCUGCUGCUGGUAUGAGAGGUGAAAGUAACAGGAAACAACAAUUGUACUAUUCCAUAUACACAAGCAAAACUGUAUUUGUACUGGAAUAUAUCUAUAGAAAGAUUUAGCACUUUGUUAUUGUUGAUGACUACAUCAAGGCUGUGCUACUUCUUGUGAUUUGGGGCUAGAUUCUUUAACUUAAAUUCAAACAUUUAAAAGAUGUUUUUCUACUAAAAUAGGUGAUGCUUAUGUUUUAAGGCAAGUUAUUAUCUUGACCUUUUAAUAAUGAUGAUCUUCAUUUUCUGCAUGGUAAGGUGCUAUAAGUGAUGCCUCACUCUCACAUCAAUAAAUCAGCGUUGGGUUUGAAACUCAGGUUAAUUAUGUAUAUUGCAGCACACUUAAUUUCUUGUACAUGCCUGAAUAAUAUUUUUGCAGAUCAUGGCAUGGAAUGAUACAAACUUAUUUUGAGUGACUCAUGUAAUGUUGCACUGCUGUUCACUCUCAGUGUAUUAGUAAGGGAUAUAUUAAUUCCCUGCAGUACUAAAAACAUAUUUCUGAAAUUUAGCAAACUCUUUCUUCUGUCCUGAAACUCAGGAGUUUCAAACUGCCAAAAUGAAAAUAAAAACAGGUUUAAUAUUUUG